AUGUACCUCGCUCCAACUGACCCUCAGCAUGGAGCUGGUCACCCUGGACUUUCGGCUACCUUCACCGUCCUCCUCUCCGUCGGCUACACCAUCGGCGGGAUGGUGUUCAGUGGCCUAGCUUACUACAGCAUGCCACGCUUAUCCUGGCGCUACUUUACGCUGAUUAUCACGCUGCCAUUUAUCACAUACGCGUCGUACUUUUGGGUGAUGCCCGAGAGUCCCCGUUGGCUACUGGCCUACGAGAAAUUCGACAGUCUCCGCCAACACCUGCAGACCAUGGCGAAAAUCAAUGGCGCCCGCAUCAGUGACGCGACGGGGAAGAAGAUCGAGCAGCUGUGCGAAGGCGUCACACAGGCGAAACGCGAAGAAAAGGUCACGAAGCACAACUCGUAUGUGGACCUGUUCCGCCGCCCGCAGAUCCGCAAAUGCACUCUAAUUAUGAUCGUCUUGACGUUACCGGCCGCGCUCUUUACCAAACUGAUCUGCGACCGGCUGGGGCGGAAGAUUACGAUUAUGAUCUGUUUCUUGUUUGGGGGCACGGCGUGCUUAGCCACCCUGGAGGUGCCGUCGGGGAAAGCGGCGUCUGCCGGCGUGUUAACGUUGUUUCUGUUCGCCAAGUUGUUCGUGACCAUGGGAUUGCUGAAUUUUCUGGCGGCGUUUGCCAACGGAAUCGGGCGGGUGGUGGUGUACGCGGGGUACCAUAAUCCGUCCAUCAGUCUGGUGAUUUUCGGGGGGAUUAUGGUGUUUGCCAGUGUCUGCUCGGUGUUCCUUCCGGAAACCUUAAAGACGUGA